UCCUUAAGUUACAGCGGCAGUGAAGCGCUGUCUUGCGGAGCACAUGCAGACUGUCAGUUUUCUGUCUCCUGCUCGCUGAACUUCGCUGCUCUGUUGCGUUUGCUGGGCAAUCGCCACCUCCUCGGCCCGGCGUGCCUACAGUACCGAGGACCCGAGAAGGUUUCUCCAGUGCCUCCCAAGGUAAAGGGUCUUCCACUUUUCUGAAGGGAUUUUGACAGAAGUAAGCUGUAAGAGAAAACUUCCUGCAAGAUAGAUGACUAAAGGUAACGGAGAAGAUCCAAAAACUGGAACUAGGAUGGAACGCUUUCAACAAGGAGUCCGGAAACGUACACUUUUGGCCAAAAAAAAGGUGCAGAGCAUAACAAAGGAUGAUGUUAAAAGUUAUUUAUUGAGGAACGCCUUUGUGCUCUUCACUGUUGUUGCUGUGAUUCUCGGUGUAAUCCUUGGAUUUUCUCUCCGAUCAUAUAAGAUGAGUUAUCGGGAAGUCAAGUACUUUUCAUUUCCAGGAGAACUACUCAUGAGGAUGCUGCAAAUGCUGGUCCUGCCACUAAUUGUAUCCAGUUUAGUCACAGGAAUUGCUGCCCUGGAUAGUAAAGCAUCAGGGAAGAUGGGAGUCCGAGCAGUAGUCUACUACAUGAGUACUACGAUCAUUGCUGUACUGAUUGGUAUAAUCAUUGUGGUCAUCAUCCAUCCGGGGAAAGGUACAAAAGAAAACAUGCACAGAGAAGGCAAAAUUGUGCAAGUGACAGCAGCAGAUGCCUUUCUUGAUUUAAUCAGAAAUAUGUUCCCUCCAAACUUGGUGGAAGCUUGCUUUAAACAGUUCAAAACUAACUAUGAGAAGAGAAUGUUUAAAGUAGAUAUUCCACCCAACGACACAUCCACAGUGGCUUCCAUAAUAAGUAAUGUGUCAGAAGCAAUGGAAACCCUUGCCCGAAUGCAAGAGGAAAUAGUUCCUGUUCCGGGUUCUGUAAAUGGAGUCAACGCCCUUGGCUUGGUGGUUUUUUCAAUAAGCUUCGGCCUGGUGAUUGGAAGCAUGAAGGAGCAAGGUCAGGCAUUAAAAGACUUCUUUGAUAGCCUGAAUGAAGCUAUCAUGCGACUGGUAGCUCUAAUCAUGUGGUAUGCUCCACUUGGAAUCCUCUUCUUGAUUGCUGGAAAAAUUGUUGAGAUGGAAGAUAUGGGUGUGAUCGGUGGUCAGCUUGCUAUGUAUACUGUAACAGUUAUUAUCGGUUUGCUAAUUCAUGCGGUCAUCGUCCUACCUCUUCUCUACUUCCUGAUCACUCGUAAGAACCCUUGGGUAUUUAUUGGAGGACUGAUCCAGGCACUAGUCACAGCUUUGGGAACAUCUUCCAGUUCUGCCACGCUACCUGUUACAUUUAAGUGUCUAGAAGAAAUAAACGGAGUGGACAAGCGAGUUACAAGAUUUGUACUCCCAGUCGGUGCUACAAUUAAUAUGGAUGGAACUGCUUUAUAUGAGGCUUUGGCUGCAAUUUUCAUUGCGCAGGUUAACAACUUUGAUCUGAACUUUGGGCAGAUUAUCACAAUCAGCAUCACAGCUACAGCUGCCAGUAUUGGGGCUGCAGGCAUUCCUCAAGCUGGACUGGUCACCAUGGUCAUUGUGCUUACAUCAGUUGGUUUGCCUACAGAUGAUAUCACUCUUAUCAUUGCAGUGGACUGGUUUUUGGAUCGCCUCCGUACCACUACCAACGUCUUGGGCGACUCCAUUGGAGCAGGAAUUGUUGAACAUUUAUCACGGCAUGAGCUGAAGAACAGGGAUGCUGAGAUGGGUAAUUCUGUGAUAGAGGAAAAUGAAAUGAAGAAACCAUACCAACUGAUCUCACAGGAAAAUGAGAGUGAGAAACCAUUAGAUAGUGAAACCAAGAUGUAGAGUAAAGAAGGCAUGAGUCCAACACUACAAGUGUGGAAAGCUUAUACUUUUUCCAGCCAUUUAUGUCUUGAAUUCACCAAGUCUGCUUAGUCCUUGUUUUCUCCCUUCAUGCUAGCACUGAAAAAUAAUUAAUGACAAUAUAUUCCAAAUUAGCAGUGAUCAAGGUAUAUGUUGGCUUCCCACUUAAAAAAAAUUAACAGGCAACACUACCGGUCCUGCUAGACAUGUGCUAACUGAGAAUAAAAAAAGAGAGAUUGUUUAUUAAAUCGUAAAACAUACCAGUGUAUAUGUUACUCCGUCCUGUAAAUGUGAUCUUAUUCUUUUUUUUAUGAACUGGAAAGUAAAAGCAGAUAGCAGAGCCUGAAAAAUGGUUUUAUUUUUUUAAAAUACCUGUUGCAAACAUCCUAACAUCUAUAAGCACACAAUCAACAUUUUAACUCGAUAACCGCAUCCAGCUAAGUAAAUUAACAGGCUUUUCACUUUUUUGUCUGAUGUCAUUUUUCUAUAGUGUUACAUCCUUGUUUUAUUACCAGCAGCACAAUAAAAAGAGGGACGUUAAAUGAAAGGAUAAAAACGGAGAUGUGUUAAAAAAAAAAAAAAAA